AUGAGAACACAUCACCCCUCAAACCAUACUGCACCGCUCGCGAUCCGUGCUGGUCCUCUACAGCCUGUCAACAACACCCCGUAUAGUGCAACCAUACCGCGAGCUUCGAGUGUUUCCACGAAUUCACAGAUGAUUUCGUAUCUAUCCGCAACACAUGCUGCAUCUCUAGAGCGUUGGCUGGUCCUAGUUCAUCAAUCAGCGUCCAACCCGAGACCCCAUCCAACAUACCCAGCCGUUUAGUCUUCAACGCCGCCCAUGACAUCAUAUACGUACGAAGCUUGGUCGAGCUAGGAGGUUCUCUAAGAUCUAAAAUCCUUCUUGCCGUCGACUUGGAAACCUUCUCCCUUCAAGCGAUGCAAUUUUUGUUAGAUAUUCGCCCCCGUGGCAUCAUUGUGAUCACACCGGCGAAGGAUGAUGCCAAGAUGGAAGUCGAACGAUGCUUUGCUGAAUUAGCAGAAGAGAAGAUCCUGGUUCCAUUUGUUUUGGUUUGCACACUAUCUGAGCCAUUGAAUUGCGAUCUCGCCCUAGCGGGAUCCGGAAUUAGAUUGAAAAUAGACGGAUGA